UCUCAGUCGGGUUGUGGUGACGCUAGCAACCUGUCGACCUUUUUAAGUGAAUUUAAGUGGUAUAAAAGAGAGACAGUUGGGUUGGAGGAUUAUGAAUCACACCUAAUAUGAUAGUGAAUCUACCCGAGCGGGAAUAAUGUCGCAGAGCAGCGCCACGAGCAACAUCGAGGAUGACAACUGCUGCUCCAACGAUGAACUAAGUGACGGGUACGGUGGUGACUCUUACCUGGAUGACGACCACCCCUCAUCCACCUCCGGGCCAAGGGUCAAGAAACACGUCAACAAGGGGCGCUGGACCAAGGAUGAGGAUGAGGAGGACGAGAAAGUUAUCGAACUGGUGGAGAAAUAUGGGCCCAAGCGGUGGACGCUGAUCGCCAAACACCUGAAAGGUCGCAUCGGGAAACAGUGCCGGGAACGAUGGCACAACCACCUCAACCCAGCCAUCAAGAAGAGUGCCUGGACAGAGGAGGAAGACCGGAUCAUUUACGAGGCGCACAAACAGUGGGGUAACCAGUGGGCCAAGAUUGCUAAGUUGAUCCCUGGCAGGACUGACAACGCCAUCAAGAAUCACUGGAACUCUACCAUGAGGCGUAAGUACGAGGCGGAGAUGACGGCUGCCGGACGCAAGAAACAGCGGGGUGGACGACACAACUCCGGGCAGACAACCCCUGUGAUGGCAUCCCCGGCACCACCACCACAACACUACUCCCAGGACUACUACCACAGAGCAGAUGUUAUGGGUCCACCGAUCAGUCACGCUACACAGCACCUGGCGUCACAACCACCUCCUGCCCCUCCCCCUCCUUCCCCCCUUCCACACAUAUACCCAUCUGGCGGGGGAGGUGGGUACUCUUCGUCGGCUCAGCUCCACCAGGACUUCAUCCCUCACACUCACUACGACAUGCCGCCCGCCAUGCACACGCCCGUACCUGUCAACAACACGUCUCCCUAUGGUCAGGAGGCGUAUUCACAGAGUUACUGGGAGCAGAACAGCCCGUACAACAACAACAACAAUAACACCACCAACAACAACUAUGGUGGUAGCGGCAGCCUGACACAGUCCUCCCACCACCAGCCUCCGCCGCCCACCAUGGUAGACAGUCUGGGGGGGGCACCUCUGUCCAACCAGGUGAGUACUGGUAAACCUCUACGCCUACACAAACCCGGUACUAUUGUGGACGUGAGGGGUCUGGUCGUCGGGAGCGAGGGGGCCAUGCCUCCCCAACUACCCUCGCCGGGCACCAUCAUUGACGCCCGCAGUUCUCCCACAACCGUCCAGGCAACGACAUCCGCGCCGACACCACCGCCCGGGGUGCCCACUCCGCCCCUGAGCCAGUACAGUCAGUACCCCUCUCAGCCCCAACCGUUGUCUGUGUCAUCGUCGACGUCAUCGGUGAGCCCGCCCCUCAACCAGGGUUUCCUCCUCUCACCUGACAAGUCCAGCAUCUAUCACGACCUGGGCAUCAUCUCUCCUCUUAAAUACUUUGAUGAGCUGGGGUCAUUGUCUCCACUCAAGCCUGACCGUACCAUGGAGGACUUCAAGGCAGACCUGGAUAUGGGGGCGUUUGAGCUUCUCACCUGUAGCCCAGUCAAGGUCAAGCAAGAGUUGUUGCAAGAAUUUAUCCUUCCCAACCCUUCCAUCGUGACCACCGCCAUAAUCACCACCACCUCCUGCCCCUCCUUCAUGUCCUGCGCUUCCUCCUCCGUGGCCACAUCCUCCGCUCCUCCGGUACACACCACCACCUCCAUCACCACCUGUCCGGUAUCUUCCCACAACAUGAGCUCCAACAGUACACACAAUGGUUCCUUCUCAUCUAUGAACUCGUCACGCCUCUCCACGCCCCCCAUACUGAGGCGGGGACGCAGGAAGCAGCCGUCCCCCACCAAGCGUCAUCAUCUGUCCCUAUUGGAAGCCAACGAGUCACUAACUACCCCACAAAAGAUGACGCCGGUGAAGACAAUACCCUUCAGUCCAUCACAGUUCCUCAAUAGUCCCAACCUGUCCUUUGACGACGGUAACCUCACCUCCACGCCACUCCUUGGAGGCAUCCCGGCGUCCCAGUCCACACCCGUCCAGCCUCUCACCACCAUCUCCAACCCUCUACAUCACACGUCUACACCCAGCGAGCCCAACGGUCAGCCGCGCACGCCCAAGUCUCGCCGUGCGCUCCUGCAGUCUGCGCCCAAAACUCCCACACCGCUCAAGAACGCCUUACGGGAGAUAGAGAAAAAGAGCGGCCCACUACAGCAUCUGCCUCAGACGCCUACACACCUGGAGGACAUAACGGAGAUCAUACGCAAGGAUACGGAGAAGGAACGCACUAAGUUUGAGACCCCGUCCAUGAGUAACCAGAGUUGUCGGAACCAGUCCAGUGUUUGUGACAGCGGUUACGGGACGUUGAAGCGUAAGGCCACGUCUGCCAUCGGUAAGGAAAACUCUCCCAGCAAGAAGGCUCGGAAAGCUCUCCUCCACUCUUGGUCGACUCCAGGAGAGAUACAAGUUCCUGGCUUCCGCUCUGAGCCUCUCACCCUCAUGCCAGAGACACCAAGCAAAAGCCUGAUCGGCGACUCAUCCGUUCUGUUCUCCCCUCCAUCCAUCAUCCGGGACACACUACACGAGGAGAACCACGCAUUAAACUCCCCAACGAUGCUCUCCGACAAAUCCACCAAGAAGCCGAGGGAAGGUGGUGUUGAAUUGUUGUGCGUUAAGCGGAUUACCUUCUCAGAGGUCCCCACCACCAAGCCCAGCCUCUCGAAGCUGGAUGUGAGGUGGGAGAUGGUGGCCUGUGGCAAGACGGAGAAUCAGCGACGUCUGACCGAACAAGCACGUCAGUUUGUCACCCAGAAUGCAGCACUUAAGCCGCGCUCACUUAACCUAUAGGUCGGCCGGCCAGGGGGACCACGAGCACAGUAGGACUCUGAAGGAAGCCUCGUAUACCAGUCUCUUAAGUUUGUUCAGAGCAGAUACAUUAGUGUAGAACUGAUGCAUUAAACUGUACAAUGAAUCGAGUUCUUUCUAACUACUAAAAACAUUAAUCAAAUAUAAUUUAUGCCAUUUUUCAUGUAGUUGUGGUUUGGUAACUCCCAGGUGACAAAGGUUAACUUAGCCCUCAGCUUUGACAUGGCCGGUGAGACACAAGUGGCAGAAUAUUGUCUCGCCAUCCCUGUUAUAGUGAUCCAUGGGGCUCUGCUCUUUCUUAUCUCGUGUGAGUAAGAUGGCGAACAAGUCGUCUUCGUCGCCGUAAUGCUUUAGAAAAAAUUCACUGUUCACUGAGUGUUCUGCACAACUACACAAAAAAUGGUUCUUUUAGUUAUCAAGUACAGUACAGACUAACAAAUCCACCUUUUGUCAUUGUUUAAAGUGUCUCAUUAUUGAUGAACACUUGAGGUGGUCCAGCGGCUCAUUGUUCUCUACACUCAUGUACUUCACUCUGCUGGUUGGUUGUGUCAGUCAUCAGUCACACACAACUCCCAUUGUAAGAAAUUAUACUCUUUAUUUUCCUGGUAAUUUGUGCUGAGGAAAAGGAGAAAUUAAGUUUAGAAUUGGUUUUAAUUUUUGGUCGAAUAUUUAUUCUUAUUUUUAGAAACUUUAACAAGUAAAAUUUUAUUCAGUGGCUUUAAGACAACAUCUUCAGUUAUUUAAAAGUUUUACGAUAUGUACGGACGGCCGCUCGUGGUCCCUCAGAGACUUCCCGUCACGGCCGGAGGACAACACAAAAUGUUCUCCUCGCGUGGAAUAAAAGGCAGAGGAAAGUUUUCUCUUGUUCUGUGAUGACAUAGAGGAUUAUUGCUAUUAUGUGAGACAAGAGAAGAUUCUCCCUGCCUGUAUAAGGUUUAGCGUGUUGUGUCAAAGAUGGCGGUGAAGGUCAGUUACUCUAGCAAGGUUAGUGUGUAUAUGACGGAGCUGCGUCUGUGAGGUGGACGGCCCGAGACAGCAAGAGAGAGGUUCAACUUACAUCUAGUUAAGUAUUUUAUGCAGUGAAAGUGAGGUAAUUUUUUAACAAAACCUCAAGAUUAUUUAUGUUAUUUUGGAUGAAUUUGUCUGUCAAGUCGGUGUUUUAUGAAUGCGACCACUCCUCUCACUCGCCACCUCACCGUCCCGACCUCGCCGAUGCGUCCGUCUGUGCGUAGCGUAUGUUAUAGAAAACCCAGUUAUUAUCAGACCAAAGUAUUGCUGGCUCAAGAGAAACAUUUGGUUAGGACCCAACCACUAGACUUGUGCCAGCAUGUAAUAGUUAGGUAAAUCAACUGUAAGUGAGGAGCGAUAUAGGGAGAUUCUGUUUUUAUUUGACACUAUACAAGCUUGGGUUGAAGGCUGGUAGUUGUGCGAAUUAUUUUUUAAUGACUUACUGAACAAAGAUGUUAACACCCAUCAUACAUAUAAUCUCAUUAGCAUUGUAAAUAUUUUGUGGCUUUUCUUGACCGCAGUAACGAGAGGCGUCGGCACCGUACGGGGCGACGACUCAUGGGUUUUAGGACCCGCGGUUCUUGUGCCUCGCGUCUGUAAAGAGCCGUAGCAAGUGAACAAAAUAAUCUUCGUUUUGGCUUUUGAGGAAACUAUUAAUAAUUUCCUUUACAUUAUGUUUAUUUGUUGGAAUCUUUUAUAGUGAUAAUUAUAUGUGAAAAGUUCUAAGCCGUAUAUACUAUUUUUUUGUCUUUUGUUCCCCGUCAUGCUGACUGUUUAAAUGGCUUUAAUUUCCAUCCCUCUCGUGUAUAUGACUUAUAUUUAGUGAUUGUAGUCUGUCUAGAGAUUAUUACAACUUGCACCAGUUUUAUGCAUUGUAGAAGAUGGGUCUUACUGUGCUGGCACCGGACGCUCUUGAAGUAUCUGGCACAGAGGGAGAUCUGUUCCUCGUGGCACCGGACGGGUUGGGUCGUUGCACCUCUAGCGUCGUGUUGUGAGGCAGCUGAAGCGCAUCGCAAUGCUGACCCGGGACUACCCUUGGAAGUCGGGUCACAGAGGUUGCAUUUUAACGACGAGAAAUACACCGCCUGUACGUUGUGCCACGUUACGGAUUUGUCUCUUGCGUGUGCCCCACCAUCACGUAGACUGUGUUUAAGUGUUUAUGCCUGUAAAAAGUAUCCACAAGGCUUUUCUCUUUACAUUACUCAUCAUUCGCCGCCGUUCCAGCACAGUUUGACACCCCCCAACUCUCCCCUAUAGUGGUAGUGUAGACAAUAUCGAGUAAGGAAAGGAAGUUGUGUAAGGUAUAUGCUUAGUGGGUUCCGUGUGUUUUUUAUGUAAACGAUUUUACGAACAGUUUGUAUGAAGGAACAGACCUAAGGAGCCGGGGACGGUUGUGUUGUGGCACCACGACUGUCAUGCCACACCUUGAGUAGACAGUAGUGGAUUAGUACCAUCGAUUACACAGUAGUGGAUUAGUGCCAUUGAUUACGACACUUUGGGUACUGUCACAUCUUAAAAGUACUGUUACAACAUCAUAGAAGUACUGUUACAACAUCUAAAAAGUACUGUAAUGUCACAUCUUAAAAGUACUGUUACAACAUAUUAAAAGUACUGUUACAACAUCUAAAAAGUACUGUCACAAUAUCUUAGAAGUACUGUACUGUCACAUCUUAAAAGUACUGUCACAUCUUAAAUGUUUUACUACCUUGAAACUAUAUGGGGGGCUGAUCUUCAUGUGGUUCACAUUGCAAAAGACCUCGUUUAUGAUCUUGACUACAUCAUCGAUCAUCACAAACAUUGACGUCUUUGGUGGUACAGGACAUGGGUCUUACUGUUGGGGUGAGUGAGGAGCGGCACACACACACACACACACACACAAACAAACGUCACGCAUCACAUUGGCAAAAAAAAAGCGUGCAGCACCGUCCCCAGUUUUACCCCUCGUCUGCUUUCAAAAACUAAAACGGGUGUAUUAUUGCGGCCAGAAAUGUUUGGCAGAUUUUUUGGUUUGUUGUCAUGAUAUAUGAUGGUAUAUUUUCCAUUUAUUGUAACCGGUUAUGUUAGACUAUCUCUGAGAUACUAAAUACUUCGCUUAGAUUAUUAUUAAUGUCCACUUGUCUUUUGUUUAUAAAGUUUCUGUUUUUGGAAACUUGGAAUUUUAACAACUGAUUCAUUGUCUUGCAACAUUUUCUCUUUUUUAUUUUUUUAUGAGACUAGGAUGAAGCAGAGAGAUAAAUGUGACCAAGUUUGUCAAAAGUUUUUCCACCCAACAAAAGUAAUUGACCCAAUGACUUGACUGAACUCUGCCCAGUUUUGACAUACAGUACAGUACUUAAGAGCCGUCACAGUUACUAUACGUUGGUGUUUAUGAGAGUUGUACAGUGCUGUCACAUCCAUAGAUCACUGACUCGAUACUGCCCGGAUUAAAUGGUAAAAAAAGAAAUUGACUAAAAAAUAUAUAUAUUGUAUAAUUAUGUCAUACUGUAUUUGAAAUCCAUUCUAUUAAAAGUUGAUGAAAAAAGAGUUAUAGAAAUUCAUCAAUAUGGUUAAGUUAACAAUUGGUGAGAGUUGUCAGAAGUGGUCAGAGUUUAGGUAGUGAGUUAACCCUUUGGCUGUGGGAGGUUACCCUAAGCUAAAUAAAAUGGCAAGUAUGGGAAUUGCAGCUAAAGGGUUAAAGGUCAGUUGUCUAGGCAUGUUUAUUCUUGUUUGACAGAAUUGCUUAUGUAAACCUGUAAGUGUCAGGUUAAACAUCCAGUGUGUGUUAUAGCUCAUUGCUUCACCUGUACUGUACAUCCUAAAGAAGAUAUGUCAUUAAUUUUGUAAAGUUUGGUUCAGUCAGUCAGUCACGUCCGCUUAGAGUAUAUCCCAUGUAUUUAAGUCUCGACGGCUGUUUAUAUUAUAUUCCACGACUCAUAGACUUAUAGGAAAACCUCAAAAAAUAUUAAGUGUAUGUUUUAGUUAAGUCGAUGUUAACGCUUCUGGAAUCCGCAAUGAACUUUCCUCUGUCCUAGUCAUCGUGACGCGCGAACAUUUCUCAUUCAUUUCUAGUUUCACGUAACUGAUCGUUUGGAAACGGUUAGGACGCGUGUACAAGGGCCGUAGAGAAUUGAGAUGAAGAUAUAUAUAAUAAUACUGUACGUUCCCUUUGUUUACGCGUCCGAGCCAUCAUUAUGCCGAACUAUAUUUCAUAUCUUAUUAUCUUGUGUUUUGUUGCUGAGGGCACAAUUGGUACCAAAUACUGAAGCUUCAUAUAUAUGUUCGUGAUAUAUUGUGGUUAGUUUAGGUCACAGCAUGUUAGUGACGUCCUAUAAUAAAACUUGUCCUAGGUGAAAUUUUGUAAUAGAAAAGGUCAAGGUUCUUAUUUGUACAAACUAUUGUUUAACUCAAGUCCGUACUUUCUGUAUUGUGAAUCAUAAAUAAAAGGAAUUUAUGGAAAGGUAAUUAAAAUAAUAAUAAAAGUACGGACUGAUUGGCAGCUCUUAGUCUUGUCUUGGGACCACAUUAGUUAACAGUUACUAUUAUUUAUUUCAUUAAUUUGCUGCUACAAACAUUUGGUCAAGAUCAAAAUCUAAAUAAAAUUGAAUCAUAACA